AUGAAGGCGUUCAUAGCAGAAGCGCGUGAUAAAACCAUAUCGAAAUAUAGUCAUCAAACACUUACAUGGCAUUUUAUACCCCCAGCAGCUCCUCACAUGGGCGGACUGUGGGAGGCGGGUGUAAAAAGUUUCAAAAAACACUUCAAAAAGAUUGCAUCCACCCACAAAUACACCUUUGAGGAGCUCAGUACCUUAUUAUGCCGAGUUGAGUCUUGUCUCAACUCGCGACCGUUAAGUCCCUCAUCGAACGAGCCAACUGACUUGGAGCCUCUAACUCCCGGUCAUUUCCUCAUAGGCGGUCAUUUACUCGCGCCACCGGAAUUAGAUGUAAAUGAAAACCCAGCCUCCAUAAUAAAUAGGUGGCAGAAAUUAAAGGCUUUACAUCAAACCUUUUGCAGGCGAUGGAAGUCAGAAUACCUAUCCGAACUACAGAAGCGAAUUAAGUGGAAAAAUCCAAAGCAGAAUAUGGAGAUCGGUGAUCUCGUCGUUAUAAGAGAGGACAAUUUAGCGCCUAACGAAUGGAGAUUAGGCAGAGUAAUCAACCUGCACCCCGGUUCCGACAACCGAGUGCGUGUGGUGGACAUCACCACAGAGAAGGGUCAGGUAACACGACCGCUGGCAAAACUUAUCCUACUGCCACCGUACAACGAGAGAAUUGAGAAGCCACCGAAUGCUUCUUGA